AUGGAUGCCGAAGUGUGUAAAAGGUUCAAGAAAGUAUUGGAUGCUUUUCCCGAUACAUUGGACAAAAGUGGAAAUUAUCAAUUUAAAGAUAUAGAUUUUUUAAAUAUACAUUGUGAUAAUAUUGAUUUUUCAGAUAAUUAUUGUAAUAUUGAUUUUAAAAGUGAUUUCGAUAAAAUAAGUGAUGGAUGUUUAUAUUUGCUUAAUGAGUUCUUUCGUGAUUCUUCUACGUUCAAGACGGUUGCAAAAAGUAAUAUCAAUAUUGUUGAUUACAUUUUGAUAUGGUUAAGUUAUAUGUUAAACCUAAAGAAAGGUGAAAAAGACAAUGUAUCGUGUUUUUAUAUUGUAUACAUGGAUGAUUGUGAUAAGUAUACCAAGGAAAUAAAUGAAUUAACUGAUUAUAAGAGUUAUAAGGAUCUUUUAGAUAAAAAAAAUGAUGUAUUGAAUAUGGAUAUUAAUAUUGUAUCUAAAUUUUAUAAAGCAUUUAAAUUAUUAUGUGAAAUGUAUACUGAAUUUGAUGAUCAAAAAAAAUGCACAAAAUGUUCUGAAAAAGCUGAAGAUUUUUUUAAAAUAUAUAAAGAACUUAAUGAUUCUAAUAAUAGUGAAUAUAGCACCUAUUGUCAAGCAUUGUCUACAUUAUCAAAUGGUUAUAAUAAUUUAAAAAAUAAAUAUAAAGAUGCUAACUCCCUUCCAGAGAUAAAUACAAAAGAUAAUAAUGUAAACUGUCCUGAAAAAACUUCUAAGCAAACUUAUAUAGAAGGGUCUGAACAAUUGCUUGGAGAAUUUUCUGAGGUUACAUUAUCAGAAUCAUCACUAGUAAGUAAAUUAAUUCCAAUUUUUUCGAUAUUAGUUGCAAUAGCAAUUUUUUUAGGAAUUUCUUAUAAGUAUUCGUUAUUUGGAUUUCGGAAACGAUUUAAAAAACAAAAAUUAAGAGAAAAGCUAAAAAAUGUAAAGAAGAGAAUGAAUCAUUAA